AUGGCUGGGCAUACCGAAGAUAACGCACAGCUCCUGUCAACAGAGCAGGAGUCUGUUUCGCGUAAAUCGUCCGAUUCUCUUGCCUCGACUGCUUCGACUACGAGUCUAGUUUUUGAUCGCAUCGGCGAACGUGUAGCUGCGAAUGGGUCAGAGAAACCGACGAUGGUAACACCUAAGUUCCCCCCGCGUGGGGAGAUGGCGUAUGCGGACGAUGAACAUACGCAGAUAAAUUUAGAGGAGGAAGAGGAGAAGGAUUACGAUAUGGAGGACGGAGCGUUCCUUACAAAUGGAUCGACAAACAAGUCGGUCGAUAAGAAAUUGAGGAAGUUGAUAUGGGUUAUUGGGGGAGUAUUCAUUGGAGCGUGGGUGCUGGCUCUGUUUAUAUUUUUGGGGAAACAGGCGUACAAACAUUCAUCGGAAACCCCUCACGAUCCUCAGGCGACAUCAUCGAGAGGGAACGGAAAGAAAGUCACAAUGGAUCAGGUUAUGGGCGGUCAAUGGAGAGCGACUACACAUAGUAUCAGCUGGAUCGAAGGAGCCAACGGGGAGGAUGGAUUGUUACUCGAGCAAGGUUCGGCCGGAAAGGACUACUUGAUUGUUGAAGACGUCAGAACACAAAGUCCGGCAACUGUAGGAACCUUAGACACGAUGACUUUGAUGAAAAAGGGAUAUUUCGAAGUUGCGGGUAGAAGUUUAUCACCAAGCAAAGUAUAUCCUAGCAAGGAUUUGAAGAAAGUCCUGGUCGCGACAGAUGUUCAGUCCAACUGGAGACAUUCUUUCUAUGCGAAAUACUGGAUAUUCGACGUCGAAACUCAAACUGCGGAGCCACUAGAUCCUGUAGAUCUAGACGGACGAGUUCAACUUGCUAGCUGGAGUCCAAAGGGCGAUGCUAUCGUUUUCACUCGAGAUAAUAAUAUGUUUCUUCGAAAACUAUUGUCACCAACAGUGAUCCAAAUCACCAUUGACGGUGGACCGGAAUUCUUCUAUGGCGUGCCUGAUUGGGUUUACGAAGAAGAGGUUUUUGCUGGAGCCAGUGCAACAUGGUGGGACGACAGUGGAAAAUACAUUGCGUUCCUUCGUACAAAUGAAUCCGAGGUGCCUGAAUACCCAAUCCAAUAUUUUGUCUCAAGACCUAGUGGGAAAGAACCUUUGCCGGGAGAGGAGAAUUAUCCCGAAGUCAGAGAAAUCAAAUAUCCCAAAGCCGGUGCUCCAAAUCCUACCGUUGACCUUCUGUUUUAUGAUAUUCAGAAGGCAGAAGUAUUCGAAGUCAAAAUCGCAAAUGGCUUUGAACCAAAGAACCUUUUGAUUACAGAGGUAGUUUGGGCUGGUUCGACAGGUAAAGCUCUGAUUCGCGAGACUAACAGAGAAAGUGAUAUCUUACGAGUUGUUCUCGUUGAUGUUGUUGCUCGAACGGGAAAGACUGUACGAUAUACAGAUAUUGAAAAGCUCGAUGGUGGUUGGUUUGAAGUCUCUGAGGAUACCCGUUAUAUUCCUGCAGAUCCUUCAAAUGGACGCCCCCACGAUGGAUAUAUUGACACUAUUAUCCACGAAAAUUAUGAUCAUUUGGGAUACUUUACGCCCAUGGAUAAUCCCGAACCUAUACUUCUUACCUCUGGAAAUUGGGAAGUGGUAAAAGCGCCUUCUGCUGUUGAUCUCAAGAAUAAUCUCGUCUAUUUCGUUUCUACCAAGGAGUCACCAAUCACAAGACAAGUAUACAGCGUCAAACUUGAUGGUACAGGUUUGAAAGCGAUCACCGACACCUCGACGGAAGGUUAUUAUGGAGCUUCAUUUUCCAAAGGAGCUGGAUACGUACUUCUCAAUUAUAACGGUCCAAACAUUCCGUGGCAGAAAGUUAUCAGCACUCCAAGCAACGAUAACCACUAUACACAUACCAUUGAGGAGAACAAAGGGCUGGCUGAUAUGGCAAAGAAACACGAAUUGCCUCUUCUGAUUUACCAGACUGUCACUAUCGACGGAUUUGAAUUGCAAGUUGUUGAGCGCCGACCACCUCACUUCAACCCAAAGAAGAAGUACCCAGUGUUAUUUUACCUUUAUGGUGGUCCCGGCUCUCAGACUGUUAGCAAGAGCUUCAGUGUUGACUUCGAAACUUACAUUGCCUCAAACCUUGGUUACAUUGUUGUAACUGUUGAUGGCCGUGGUACAGGAUUCAUCGGACGAGAAGCCCGAACCAUUAUUCGUGGUAAUAUUGGACACUAUGAGGCACGUGAUCAGAUCGAAACUGCUAAGAUCUGGGCUAGCAAAAAGUACGUCGAUGCAUCAAGAAUGGCUAUUUGGGGUUGGUCAUAUGGUGGUUUCAUGACAUUGAAGACUCUAGAGGAAGAUGCUGGAGAGACAUUUUCUUACGGUAUGGCUGUGGCACCUGUCACUGAUUGGCGAUUCUACGAUUCUAUCUACACGGAACGAUAUAUGCAUACGCCUCAACACAAUCCUGGUGGAUAUGAUAACACCAGCAUCAGUAACAUGAAGGCACUCUCCAAGAAUGUCCGAUUCUUGGUCAUGCAUGGUGUCGCGGAUGAUAAUGUGCAUAUGCAAAGUACGCUCACUUUACUGGAUAAGCUUGAUCUUGCCGGUGUAGAAAACUAUGAUGUGCACCUUUUCCCAGACAGCGAUCAUUCUAUAUACUUUCAUAAUGCGAACAGAAUUGUUUAUGAUAAACUUAACAACUGGCUCAUUAAUGCAUUUAAUGGGGAAUGGUUACGUACUGCAAACGCUGUACCUUUAGAAAUCGAUUCGGCAAAAGUAUGA